UGAAAUAUAUUUGACUGCGCCACUACUGUCUACUGGACAGCGCCAUGUUGGAUGGAUUUAUGUAAACUUUGAAGGUUACACAAGACGUUUAGCUAAACAGCAGGCAUUCAGCAUGGCUAGUCUCUGCAGGGUGACCCCAAACCUGCUGUCAUCUAUUGCGCGAAAACAGAUCCCUCCCCAGUUGGCUCUUGCUGUGAGGUCCAAUUCAACAGAAGCAAAGACAGAAAAGACUGUGUUUGGACCUUUGAAAGAUGAAGACCGAAUUUUCACUAACCUCUACGGUCGACAUGACUGGAAACUCAAAGGAGCUAUGUCAAGGGGCGACUGGUAUAAAACAAAAGAGAUCAUCGAUAAAGGCGCUGAUUGGAUUCUGAAGGAGAUCACAAAGUCUGGCCUCAGAGGGCGUGGCGGUGCAGGGUUUCCUACUGGUAUGAAGUGGGGCUUCAUGAACAAACCAUCAGAUGGAAGACCCAAGUACUUGGUAGUGAAUGCAGAUGAGGGGGAGCCUGGGACAUGCAAGGACAGGGAAAUCAUGCGUCACGACCCUCACAAGCUGGUUGAGGGCUGUCUGGUGGCUGGCAAAGCCAUGGGGGCCAGAGCUGCAUACAUCUACAUUCGAGGAGAGUUCUACAAUGAAGCCUCCAAUAUGCAGAUAGCCAUUAAUGAGUCAUACAAGAAUGGCCUGAUUGGAAAGGAUGCUUGUGGCUCAGGUUACGAUUUCGAUGUGUUCGUGCACCGUGGAGCUGGAGCCUACAUCUGUGGGGAGGAAACGGCAUUGAUUGAGUCCCUGGAAGGAAAGCAGGGUAAGCCCCGUCUCAAACCACCAUUCCCUGCUGAUGUCGGAGUUUUCGGCUGUCCGACAACCGUAGACAACGUAGAAACAGUGGCAGUUGCUCCGAUAAUCUGCAGACGAGGGGGAGACUGGUUUGCUUCAUUUGGAAGGGAGAGGAAUCGUGGCACCAAGUUGUUCAACAUCUCUGGUAAUGUCAACAACCCCUGCACAGUUGAAGAGGAGAUGUCUAUUUCAUUCCGAGAGUUGAUAGAGACACGCUGGGGUGUGAUCGGAGGGUGGGAGAACCUACAGGGUGUCAUCCCAGGUGGCUCCUCAACACCACUCAUUCCCAAGAAGGUCUGUGAUGACGUCAUGAUGGACUUCGAUGCACUGGUCCAGGUUCAGACAGGUCUGGGAACCGCUGCCCUCAUUGUAUUCAACAACCAGGCCGAUAUCGUGCGUGGCAUCGCAAGGCUGAUGGACUUCUACAAGCAUGAGAGUUGUGGACAAUGCACCCCAUGCCGAGAGGGGACUGGCUGGAUGGUGAAGGUCAUGGACAGAUUUAUGACAGGUAAUGCUCAGCCAGAUGAAAUUGACAUGCUGUAUGAACUGACAAAGCAGAUUGAAGGACAUACUAUCUGUGCUCUUGGUGAUGGGGCAGCAUGGCCGGUACAGGGCCUGAUCCGGCACUACAGGCCAGAGCUUGAAAGAAGGAUGAAAGAGUUUGAACAGAAGAAGGCUGCAAGUUCCUGAACACGGAUCAACAUAGGGGAACAUAUGAACUGUACAGUGUAAAUUAUUUUCUGGAGUAUUGUGGUAUUUCAAUUCUGUCUAUAGAUAUAUGAUGCUAUAGAUACUGAUGAAGUUUAUGACAGGUUUGACUUGAAAGGCAUUGACAAUAGUGCAUAACAUUUGCACAGUGGCUUGUGAAUGACAAUUUGAUAUGGAAAAGUGAAACAUUGUAUUGGCUUACUGUUAAGAUGGUAUGGGUUUCAUUUCUAUGAGUGAAGCUGAUUUAGAAUAAGCUACCUCUGAGUUAAGUCCUCCACCUUCUCAGUCAGAGGUUCUCAGUGUGAAUGUGACAUAUUUAGGGCUUCACUUGUUUACUUAAAAUACCACUUAUGACUCAAGAAUGUCCAGUGGUUUACAACACGGAGUUAUGUUUAGUGUAAUAAAAUAUUGUUUUACAAAGUUAAA